AUGUUAGCUCAAGGAAGAAAACGAAAAAUCGACUCUGAGUGUAGAGUUUUUAAGGAACAAUGGAACAUAGACUAUUUUGUCAUAGAGUCAAACAACAAGGCACUAUGCGUUAUAUGCACCGACACAAUUGCAGUACUUAAAGAGUACAACAUUCGGAGACAUUAUGAAAAAAAGCAUUCAUCACAGUACUACCAAUUCAUUGGACAGCUACGUAAAGAGAAAUUUGACGAAUUAAAGAAGAAUUUAUCAUCAAUGCAGUUUGUUUUCAAGAAGAAGGCUGUAGAAAAAGAGAGAGCAACAAGAGCAAGCUUCCAUGUUGCUAACCUUUUGGCGAAGAAAGGUAAGCCAUUUACAGAUGGUGAACUUAUUAAAAAGUGUUUGAAUGAGGUAGCUAAGGAAAUGUGUCCAGAAAACGUAGAUUUAUUUUCCGCAAUUAGUCUUUCUGCGAACACUGUUGCUCGUAGGGUUGAACAUAUUGAAAGAAAUAUUAAAUCACAGCUAAAAGACAAAGCCAGCAAGUUUGUAUGCUUUUCUGUUGCACUUGAUGAGUCAAUUGAUGUAUCAGACACAUCCCAAUUGUUAUUGUUCAUCAGAGGAAUAAAUGCCAAUUUUGAGAUUACUGAGGAACUUGUAUCUGUGCACAGCAUGCAUGGAACAACAACAGGCAUAGAUAUUUUUAGAGAAGUGGAAAAGUCAGUGGCUGAGUAUAAUUUGGAAUGGAAAAAACUAAAAUGCAUAACAACAGAUGGUGGCAGAAAUAUGUGUGGAACCAAAAAGGGCUUAGUUGGGCAAAUUAACAAAGUAAUUGAGAAUUCCGGUGGAUUGAAACCUUUGGUAUUGCAUUGUAUUCUUCAUCAGCAAGCACUGUGUGGAAAGCAUCUUGAUUUAUCAUCUGUAUUAGAUCCUGUGAUUUCCACUGUUAACUACAUAAGAUCUCAUGGACUCAAACAUCGCCAAUUUCGUGAUUUCUUGGAGGAAAUGAAUGCUGAGUUUCCAGACCUACCUUACUAUACUUCAGUAAGAUGGCUUAGCUAUGGAAAAAUUCUGGCUAGAGUUUUUGAGCUUCGAACUGAAAUUGAAAUAUUUUUAAAUGAGAAAAACCAUUCACAGGUGUUGCUCAAAGACAGUGAAUGGCUCUGGAAAUUAGCAUUUUCAGCCGAUUUAACUAUGCAUCUCAAUGAUUUCAACCUACGGAUACAAGGUGAAACUUCACUCAUCUGUGAUUUGUACUCAAAGGUGAAAGCUUUUCGUAAGAAAUUAAUACUAUUUGAAAGUCAGUUAACAAGAAGCUGCUUUACUCAUUUUUCACGAUGUGACAAAUAUAGACAGGAAGCUGCCACUCCAUUUCCAAACUUGUUUGCUCAAGAUGUCAUUUUAGCUUUGAAACAACAGUUUGAAGAACGUUUUUCUGAUCUUGAUGCAUGUUCUUCAAAACUAAGAAUUUUUGAAAAUCCAUUUAACUCUGUUAUUGGAGACUUACCUUCUGAGUUACAAAUGGAAGUUAUUGAUUUGCAAUCCAAUGACAUCCUAAAGGACAAAUAUAAAGAGGGAAAUUUGAUUGAAUUCUACAAAUGCCUUCCAUCCGACCAAUUUCUUCAUUUAAGGAGGUUUGCCUGUGAAUUCAUUUCAGUUUUUGGCACCACAUAUUUGUGUGAGAAGACUUUUUCAAAGAUGAAAUACACAAAAUCCUGCUACAGAUCACAAUUGUCUGAUGAACAUUUAAAUGCAUUGCUUGUUAUUGGAACCACUCAUUUUGAACCUCAGUUGGACAAAAUUUUUUCAGAAAUGAAACAAUUUCAUGUUUCCCCUAUUGAUCAAAGUUAA